AUGGCUUCCCUCGCUUCCCGAACCCUGAACCGACAUAGCCAUCUGUCUCGAAAGCAUCCAGUCGCCUACUCGUCCCCUGACCCCCAGAUUUCCAUGCAGCACAUCUGGAUCAUCACGGGCCCUGCUGGCUGCGGCAAGACGACUGUAGCCAAGGGGCUGGCAAGGGAGCUGGAUCUCCCGUACAUCGAAGGGGACGAUUACCACUCCAAAUCCAACAAGGAUAAAAUGGCCAACAACAUCCCCCUUACCGACGCCGACCGUUGGGACUGGCUCAUCCAGCUGCGCGAAGCCGCAAUCAGCAGCCUUGCCUCCGUAACCUCUCCCUCUGGUGUCAUCGUCACUUGCUCCGCCCUGAAACACAAGUAUCGCGACGUCAUCCGCGUCGCCGCGUACGACCACCCCUCCGUCCGGAUCCACUUCAUCUACCUUCGCGCGGACGAGCAGAUUCUCCUUCAGCGCGUCAGGCAGCGCCAGGGCCACUACAUGAAGUCCGAUAUGGUUCAUUCGCAACUGCAGAAUCUGGAGGAACCGGAUUCGGAGUGGGAUGCGAUCUCGGUGGAUUGUGCGGCGACUCCGGCGGAGGUGCAGAGGAGGGUCAGCGUCGCGGUUCAGAAUAAGCUAGAUGAGUACAAGUGA